CUGAUAGACGGCACUGACUGGCAUCACUGCUGGGCACUGACUGGCGGCACUGACUGGCACAACUGCUGGACACUGACUGGCAGCACUGCUGGGCUGCACUGGUGGGUGGGCACAGGUGAGUGGCACUGCUGGGCACAGGUAGGUGGCACUGCUGGGCACAGGUGGGUGCACUGCUGGGCACAGGUGGGUGCACUGCUGGGCACAGGUGGGGCAGAGCUAGUGGGCGCACUGCUGGGCACAGGUGGGCGGAACUUGCGGGUGCCACUGCUGGGCACCGAUCAUCAGGGCACUGGUGAUCAGCUGUGUCCGUAGGACACAGCGAUCACGGAGAUCGCCGGGUGCGCGCCCCCUGGGGCGCACAGGAGAG